UCCACUUGAAAUUGUAUCAAAUUCAACAACGAUUUUGCAUUGCUAACAAUCCCUUGAGAUGCGUGCGGCUACAUUUGUCCUGAGCUUCGCCAUUUUGGCUUGUUUCGUUGUGCGGCGCAGCGAGGCGGUGGCCUGUACAUCCCUUGAUCCUGAUGUACCCGCUGGUUGCACCAAUUGCGCAUUGCCAGCUAAUGCCAACCAUGCUGACUGCGCAACAACAACGGCGGAAACAACAACAGCGGCGGCAACAACAACUCUAGCGUCGACCGGAACUGGAACUGGAAAUCGCAACGGAGCGCGAACUGUGUUCAUCAGGAAUCUAAGGUAUACAAAUGUGCGACGCAUUCGACGAAAUAACAACGCCAACAACAAUGCCAACAACAACAACGCGAACCGGCCUCAGAACAUUCUGUAUAGACGUGGAAACGCAAGGCGUGGAUAUGUAAGGCGUGGUAACGUGCGACGUGGAAACGUCCCCAACGUGCGUGUGAUCAGAGUGUAAGCCGAUAAAACAGCAUAAAUUGUACGAUCGCUUUAUGAAUUUAUUGACAAAUAAAUAUUAAAAAAAAUG